GGCGGGAGGCCGCUGCCUCCCCCGUCGCCUGUGCCUGAUGGACCGCUGCCUCCUGUUCCAAACGUGCCGCCACGGUCAUCGAAAACCCCCAUUCGCCCGCCGCGUCGAGGUCUUUCAUCCAGCACCGGACCGUCGCCUAACCCCAGCAUGGGCGGAUUCAGUCAAGCACCCUUUCCACCGGUUCCCACCUCUGUGCGCGAGGCAUCACUCGCAGUCGCUGACAGCGGGUCGAGCUCACUCAUGUCGUCACCCCUUGUGUCAAGCCCGCUUACGUCGCCGCGCAUAAGCACGGAGCCUGUGAGCCCCUUGAGCCCAAACUCCAGAAUAGGGUCGGGAUCAGGUGCCUUCUUCUCGGCCCGCAGCAGCAUGGCUGAGUGGCGUGACUCGAGCAGAAUCGACUCGGUACGCAGCUCCAUGAGGAACGAGACCAGCAGGCGCGAGUCCGACAUGCGCGAUUCCGACCAGCGCGAUACCGACCGGCCCAUCAGCACCAUGCUGCCUUAUGCCCGCUCUGAGACCUCGGAUCCCUCGCCGCGUCCUUCUGAAGAGCGUGAGCCUGCUCCAUCGCUUGCUCCCGCGGGGCUGGGUCUAGGUAUUGUCUCGGUCGAUCUCACGAUGCCGCUACGUCAGCGCAGCCUCGAUCGAGUCGAGGACAGUGGUGCGCGACCCCUGAGUACGUCGAGUUUCGCGAGCAUCAAGAGCAAUCGCGCGCCGCCUCCGCCUCCCGUUACCAUUCCCGUUGCUGCUCGCACGCCCGGUGUCGUCGCUGCCCCAGACUCGGCUCCUGGUAGCGCUGCAAGCUCGAUCCGCUCCACCGAGAAGAAGCAUGGACACAAGAAGAGCAAUUCGAUUUCGAGAAAGCCUGUGCCCGCCAUGGAUCCAGACCUUCUUAGUGAUUCCGAGCUUUUGACGCACACGCCGGCGAGAAAGAGCAGUUUACGUCGCGUCGUCGGUGCAGGUGUGUCGCCUCAGCCUGCGGCGUCGCAAAGCGUGGGAGGGGAGACUGAGCUGCUCGCGGCGCCUGAGGCCCUCAUUGCACCCCCACCUCGAGACUCCUCGCGAACUUCGACGCCGCGCAUCCCACCGUCGCCAGCGUUUGGUACACCCCCUAACCUUGCAGCCGCACUCGAUAUAGACGGGGGAAUGCUGCAAUCGGUCAGUCCAAGUCCGAAGGCGCGGUCGGUGGGCAGUCCAUCCGGAUCUUCCUCGUCGAGUCCGCUUGUCCGGGCCGCCAGCGUCCGAGAGAGUCCGCGCCUCGCCUCCCCUGCGCUUCUGGAACGCUCAAGAAGUCUCCGGGCCAGAGAGGUAGGAACGGAAGUUCUGGCCGGCCCGGGACGCUCCGUGCACGGUGUGGAUCUCGCUGCAGUCGGAAGCGAUGUGGUAGGAGUCGCGCCUGCCAGCCCUGCCCCCGCCAGUUCUGCACUCUCGCGGCGGCCCCAAACCCCGCAGAGCCAGAUUCGCACGCUCGAGGACAUUGCCUCACCUCGCAGUGUCCUUUCGUCUCCGCACUCUGGGGAGGGUCUAGAUAUCCUCGAAGCGUCAGCUGUUGCCUCGGCGCAAGCCGUCACUGCCACACCAGCACAUGCCAGAGUUCUGUCCCUCUCCAACGGGCAGGUGCGGGCCAUCACUCCGGAGUCCUCGAAUUCUGGCCGGACCAGACCCACUUCCUCACCAGUAAGCCCAUCCCGCCGGAUACCCGGGCAUGCCAAGUCCGCUUCGGAGUCGGGGACCUCGAUGCCCAACAGGUCACCGGCACUGGAGAGUGGACACUCCAAAUCCGCCUCGACUUCUGAGACACACACCCUGCAACGUGGGCUUGGCUUUGGCGUCCUUGGCCAAGAUCGCGAAGACGAAGUAGAGCGGAUCACAGUCGAUGAUGACGUGCCCAUAGGCUCGCCCGAGGCGUCCUCCAAGGCCGCCUCGACUGCGAGCCCAGGGUCGAGACAUGUUAUUGACCUGGGCAGCGCGGGGAGCACUCCCGUUCAGGCGGUGACGGCCAACAUGCCGAUGCAGUCCUCGCCGCGCCGUCACCAGCACGAACUCCCGCCCCUGCCUCCGGCGGCGAGGGGACAGCUUGCCCCUCCCAUGUCGUCCUCUUCGGCUGGCACUGCGCCAACGCCUCAUGUCGUGCGGCACAAAACGUCUUCCAAGUUCCGCUUGCCAUUCCGCUCACCGCGUCCACCUGCAGACGACGAGGACCUUAGCCCCCCGAUGUCGCCUACCUCGGCGCGGCUCCGCACACACAGCAUCACGAACGCGUUCCGCCGGCGGCGCAACACCAACUCGGGCACGCCUCCUGGCUCGCCACCCGUGCGCAGCUCGCUCGUGUCCUCCAAUUCGACGUCCGAGGAUCACUCGACUCUCCCUUACGAGUAUGGCUUGCAGGGCUUGGGGCUGAGCAGCUUCGCGCUUGCACCGAGCGCCUACCGCACCCCGUCAGGCGGCAUUGGCUACACUCCACCAAAGAUGGAGCGCAAGCUCAGCCUUACCGCGCAGGAGGCAUUCGCGUCCGCGCGAGAGCGACAUGCCAUCGAGCAGGCUCAGCAACUAGAGGCCUUCCGAAAAUCUGAGAAGGCACGCACUAUGUCUCACACGUCGUCUGCGAACCCGGCUUCUCGUGUGACCAGUGUGGCCAUGAGCAGCGAGUUCAUGUCCGAUGACUCACACUACGACAACGCCAGCGACGAGCUUCCGCAGUCGUUGAGCCUUGCCAUGGUCACGGCGGCGGGCAGUAACCCGGUUGCUUCGCCCGUGGAGCAACUCGCCGCCGCCGCCAGUGCCGCACGCCAGCACCGUCAAGAAGCACGGUACUCGCCGUCCUCUCCCACUGCUGGGGACGAGGGCGCCGCGGACCGCCAGCGUGCACGAGAGGCAGCUCUUGCGCAACAGCGCCGGCUGAGCGUUGGCGACAGGGAGGACGAGUUCCACGACGCCGUCUCGCAACUGGACGACGACCAUGACUACAGCGACAGCAACAGCGAUAGCGAGCUCGAGCUGAACGGCUUCGACGACGAUGUUGAAGCAAACGAGGUCGCCGAGCGCGAAGCUGCGGAGCUUGCCGCUGCUGAACGUGCCGAGCUUGCUGAGCGUGAGCAACGCGAGGCGGCUCAGCGAGAGGAAGCCAGACGUCUUGACCUCGAGGUCGCCGAAGCUGCCAAGCGCGCGGCCGAAGAACAACGGCUCCAAGAGGAGCAAGAGUCGGCGCGAGCGGAAGAGCACCGCCUCCAGGAGGAGCAAGAGAUGGCUCUUGCUGCCGAGACGCGCCGCCUUGAAAAAGAGCGCCUGCGCCUGGAAGCCGCACGCAUGGAGCAAGAACGUCUUGCCGCAAAGGAAGAGGAAGACCAUCUUGCCGCAUUGCUUCGCGCUGAGGAAGAGGAGCGCCGCGUUGCCGCGGACGAGCAGCGCCGCCUCCAAGAGGAGCGGGAAGCAGAGGAAGCCCGCCUGGUGCAAGAGCGCCGCCUCGCCGAGAUGGAGGAGCGCCUGGCCGCGCAGCAGGAGGAAGCGCGUCUCGCGGCUGAGCGCGAGGCCGAACGCGAGGCUGCGGAGCUUGCCGAAGCGGAGCGCCUCAAAGCUGAGCGUGUCGAGCAAGAACGCGCGGCUGCAGCCUCAGCCAAAGCGGAGCAGGAACGCAUCGAGCGCGCCGCGCGCGAGCGCGACGAAGUGACGCGGCAGCUGCAGGGCGGCAAAGCUGAGGGCGGGAUCAUGCUGCGCGGCUGGGUGACGGUGCAGACGAUGAACUCGCCAACGUGGCGCCGGCGGUACUUCCACUUGCUGGCGUCUGAGCUGCGGCUCUUCAAGUCGGACAGCGAGAACGACACCGCCAAGGCCCUCACGACUGUCGGCCUGUCGGGCGCCAAAAUCUCCGAGGCGUACGAGGAGAGCGCGGUGCAAGGCAGCUGGAAGCUUGAGACGGGAGGCAAGGAAUACUACAUGUUUGCGGAUGGCGCAGAGGAUCGCGCGACGGUGCUGCAGGGCUUGGCGAUUGCGAUCGCGUAAUGGGGAAGAUGUAGAGUCACGUUGAUAUGUUGGAGUUGUGCGAGGGGUCGUAGCUUGGGCUUAUGUCUGGUGCUUUGGUUCGAAGAGAUGGAACCAGCGCCACUCUCGUGUGAGAGGCUUGUUGAGUGGCUCAGGACAGCUGAGUGAGACCAGGAUAGUUCACG